CACACAAUUGGUCAAAAGUUGCCUUGAUUUUACAGUAAACUGAGGUACUUGCAAAGAUUCGAUCUUGAGCUGGAUCAGAUUGAAUUAGCGAAUAGUAUCAAAGGCAGGCAAGGAAGACAGCAUGCGUCUCGGGAGGCAAUUCUCAAACACACAAUUGAACGUGAGAGAUUUCUAUAUGAAGAAAAUGGAAUGGAGAUUCCAGAUAUCAUCAAUCCAAAGAACCUGAAAAUCUUUAGAGAAUGGGAUGGAAAUCUGAAAAAACUUCCCAAUUUGAAAAUGAAAAAAAUAUCUUUAAAGGAUUCAACUUGUAUACAGAAAGAAAGCCAAAAUGCUGACGUGACAGAAAGCGUACAGGAGGAGGAUGAGGACGUUGAGGACAAGCAGUCUGUAGUAAAGGAGGAUGAAUAGAAUUAUGAAAUACCCCAAAAUUUCCUUGCAAGAAGCCAUUUAAAUUGAACCUGAUGCAAUGCAUUCAAACGCUUGAGAUGACCAAUGGUGAAAAUAUAUUUUUGAGAUAUUUUGCUCCUGCAUAAAUGAACCUAACCUUUUGUAAGGUAUCCAGAAGUGCUCAUAUUUGCAAAGAAAAUCUAUUUAUUGCCAAUAAAGUUUGAAAUAUUUGAAAUACUAAUAAAUUUAUGC